GCAGCGGCCGAGGCAGGCGGCGGGCAGGGCGCCGGCUGCCGCUGAGCGGUGAGAGGAGCUGCCUGCCGACGUCAGCGUGGGUCGCAGGCGCCGGUACUGCGGGGUGGACAGGGCGGGCACCAGGUUGCACUCAUCCUUACUGCCAGCAUCUAGCAGUGUUGGCAUGUAGUAGGCACUCAAGAAAUGUGUGUUGAAUGAACGAUGCCUGUGACGAGCAACUGGACUUUAUUCUUUCCUGACCCUUGCUCCUGUGACACACCUCUUCCUGGCUGACACUGUCACCCCUUCAGAGCAGAACUUCUCUAGGGAGGCUGGAAAGGAAACAGCCAUGGCCAAGGACAUCCUGGGUGAAGCAGGGCUGCACUUUGAUGAGCUGAACAAGCUGCGGGUGCUGGACCCAGAGGUUACCCAGCAGACCACAGAGCUCAAGGAAGAGUGCAAGGACUUUGUGGACAAAAUUGGCCAGUUUCAGAAAAUAGUUGGUGGUUUAAUUGAGCUUGUUGACCAACUUGCAAAAGAAGCAGAAAAUGAGAAGAUGAAGGCCAUUGGUGCUCGGAACUUGCUCAAAUCUAUAGCAAAACAGAGAGAAGCCCAACAGCAGCAACUCCAGGCUCUCAUAGCAGAAAAGAAAAUGCAGCUCGAAAGGUAUCGGGUUGAAUAUGAAGCUUUGUGUAAAGUAGAAGCAGAACAAAAUGAAUUUAUUGACCAAUUUAUUUUUCAGAAAUGAACUGAAAAUUUCAUUUUCUAGCAGGAGGGCAAAAAAAAGAAAAAAACCCACAACCCCCAAACCAAAAAAACCUCUGUACCAUUCCAGUGACUUGACUAAUGACCUAAGUGUGUCAUGUGAGAUGGUGUGUGAGGAGUGCAGCAUCUCUGAAGGCAAUAAAACAUCUGGGGGAGCUUGUUUCAGAUGUCAGUGCAUAUCUGCAGGCGAACACCCAGUGGCCAUCGUGGUCCAGGUUUUCAUCUCUUGCAUUCUUGGUCUGAAAAGAGCAGUCUGUAAACUUUUUUUUUUUGUAAAUUCACAAAGCUUUGGAAGGAAAAGCAAUAAAUUAUUAUUUUCAAAUGGC